GAAACCUAAUCAAACCCAACUCGCGCGUCCCUUUAAAUGUCAAUCGCUGCCAGAUGCAAGUAUGGCGGAUCUCGAUGUCACGAACACGAACUCGCACGAAAUGACCGAGAAUCAUGUCAACAAACGGUGCAACAAAAAUCAGUGGGUGCGACUGAACGUGGGCGGGACGUACUUUUUAACGGCGAAGACCACCCUGGCGAGGGACCCGAACUCGUUUCUGUAUCGGCUCUGUCAGGAAGACUCGGACCUUAUUUCGGACAGGGACGAGACGGGAGCUUACCUGAUAGACCGCGACCCCACGUACUUCAGUCCGGUGUUAAAUUAUCUACGUCAUGGCAAGCUGGUCAUAAAUAAGGACCUGACUGAGGAGGGAGUCCUGGAGGAGGCGGAGUUUUAUAACAUCACCGAGCUCAUUCGCUUAGUUAAGGAGAGGAUCAUAUUGAGGGACACCAGACCGCAGAGGGACUCCAAGAAGCAUGUUUACAGAGUUCUCCAGUGUCACGAGGACGAGUUGACGCAGAUGGUGUCCACCAUGUCAGAUGGAUGGAGAUUUGAACAGUUAAUUAACAUAGGUUCUCAAUAUAACUAUGGUAACGACGAUCACGCCGAGUUUCUGUGUGUCGUAAGCCGAGAAUAUGGAGCUAGUCAGCUCAGCAGUAAAGAAGAGGAAUCCACGGAUCGUGUCAAGGUUUUGCAGCAGAAGGGUUCACGCAUGUAAUGUCUAAGAUCCGUCCUUGUUUUUCCUCUUGCCUCCUUUAAUUUGAAAAAAUCAACUGCGCUGCAACAGGAGAUGUGUGCGAAGACUGUUUUUUUGUUUUUGUUUUCUUCUUUCGUUGUUUCUACAUUUAAUUGUAAAGGGUAAGCUCCGAAAAACUCUUUUUCCAUUAUAUAGUCUCUAUUCCUAGAUAAUGUAAUUAAAAAAACAGGGACAUUACUGUGCAAAGGAUAAAGAAAUUUUAUAUAGUAUAUGUAUUUAUAUUACAUAGCACAAGAUAUAUACAUAUACACAUACAUAUAUAUAUAUUGUACAUGAAGCUUUAAAAACCGAAAGUAUCAUUAUUAAUUUAUUCCUCUUCAUUGACAAGUUGUACGCAGAAAGGGAAAAAAAUAUCGAUCUCACGAGAGAAAGAAGGACAUAGUUUAAUAAUUUCAUACAACUUUAUACAGACGUAAAAGAAGAAGAAAAACCUUCCUUUUUCUAUAAGCGCACCUAUCUGCUUUAAAAGCAGGUACGCUAUAUAAUUAUACAUAUAUAGUCAGAGAGAGAGAGAGAGAGAGAGAGAGAGAGAAAGAGAAAAUAGUUAUAUUAUUAAUAAAUAAUAAUGUUGUUCCAUAUAGAUGAAAUGGCUGCAGUUAUGUUUUAUUAUAGCUUUGUCGUAUAUAUUUUGAAUAGAUAAAAUGAUGUAUAUUUGUGAAAAUUUCUGCGAUAAUGCGUAGUUUUUAAUCUUAGCGCUAUAAAUAAUAUACUAUACACACACACACAUAUAUAUAUAUAUAUAUAUAUAUAUAUAUAUAUAUAUAUAGUGGGAUGUAGAGAUUGUCACAUUUUUGUACCGCGAAGAAUCUGUACAAAAAUUCUUUUUCCCACUCUCCAUCCGGUGUGUCCUUAUCGUAAGAACGUCUAAAUUUACUUAUACCUUCGCACUGCCGCUGUAAAACAUAAAGAAGAAAAAAAAUAAUAUUUGUAUACCUGUAACACGUGAUAAUUUAAAAAAAAAGAAAUCCAAGACGCAUUGUAAUUGUAACAAAAACUAACUGAAUAUGAACACUUGACUUUUUACAUUGUAUUGUUAAUAAUAUGGGGAAGAGGGAUUUUUUCUAAACGGAAACAAUUUUAUUACACUUACUUGUUAAGGAUACAAAUUUGAAAUGUGUGUAAAAAAAAAGAAAAAAGUAGAAGCUUAAUCUCUCUUUGUAGAUGCUAUUAUGAAGGAAAUUUUAGAGAGCGAAAGAGAGAGAAACAAUAUGUACAAUUUACAAGAUUUUGAAAUAUAAUAGUGCACGUAUUGUUCAUCCAUAGAUAGAAAAAAAUACAAUAUCCAAGUAGCAAACUGACGUCAUUAAAUGUCAAAAUAUACACACACUGCGAUAUGAUCCCCUACAUCCGUAGUAAUAAAUAAUAGUUACAACAGAUGUAGGCUGUCAAUUGUCAAAGGCCUAUUAUUGAGAACAAAAGAAUAUAAUAAACACAUUGGAAAAAAAGAACAUACGUAAUAUUUUGGCUUUUUAUAGAUGCCAUUAUAAUAUUGCAAUACAUGUGCAAAAUUUUUUCUCAUACACAUUUUUCUUUUUGUAAGAGGGUAUACAGUUUAACAAAAAAAUUUUUUUUAAUCUCUUAUAGUUGUAUCAAAUAUUUAUGCGAAUAGUGAGGUACAUAACAAGAUAUAUUACAAAUUGGCUGAUAAUAAUUAAUUUGACGGAAUUUUAGGACCAAUAUAUAUUGUUGUUAAUCUCGCGCACUAUGUACAGUGUUUUUUAGGCAUGUAAGGCGAUUACUUUCUAGCUCAAACUUCUGUAUCUACUCGUGAAUCUUUAGUCGGUAUUAAUUAAUGUUCAUUAUAUUAUAUACAUUACACAUGCGCUCCUCUUUACUCAUGUAAAGUUUGUAUACUUUCAUAUAGAUGGAGAGAUUUAUAAUAAUGAUAGAUAGAUUUAUUGAUUAUUCAAUGUUUGGCAUUAGGGAACAAGAAGAUAAUAUGUAUAUAUAUAUUUACAUUGGAGAUUAAAAUUAUUAUAACGAGAUAGGUCUCAGAUUAUUCAGAUUAUUACACGAUAAGGAUGUAAAAAGUUAUCGUAUAUACAUACAUAUAUGCAUAUUUAAUUAUUUUUGUGUUUCAAGUGGAAAUUUUUAAUUUGAAAAUUCUCUUGUCAAGUAUUAUCCAAUACGAAUAAUUAUAAUAUUAACAAGUGUUUGCAACUUAAUUAAUUGUUCAUUUAAUUUAACUGCAUAAAAUGAAUUUGUCUGAGAAACACAAAUUUUUAUAUUUUAUAUUACACAUUUAAUUCUCGGUUGAAAAAUUAUUUUAAUGAGGCACACAGAUUUCACACACAUUUUUAUACAUACAAACAUAUCCAUCUUAUCAGUGUAUGUAUACAGAUGUAUAAUAAGGAAAUCAAAAAUCAUUUCUUUAAUGAUCAUUCAAAAUAUAAAACAAUUCUGAUAUAGAACUUUACAUACCACAACCUUCUAUAUGCAAUAAUUCUUAUCUAGUAGUGCAAUUCACAGAGUGUAACAAAUAAAAAAAAUUUGAAGUUAAUUUUUUGCCGAUGCAGUCUCACAAUGUCAUAUAUAAACAUAUAUAUUUCAAAAAAUUAUAUAAAUUUAUAUUAAAUUACACCAAACCACAUUUUUGCAUUAUAAAUAGUAAUUAUUUACAACAACUAUUAUAUUAUCGAUAGGUGAAUUUACAUUAAUAAGUAGACCUUCCAUAGCGUGUGAUUUGUAAAGUGAGAUGAAGAAAAAUUAAAAUGCAAAUUGUUUGUAUUAA